AACUCCUAUAAGAGACGAUGCGUAGUCGACAACAGAGAGUUUCGGAUAAACCUGCAAGCUGUGAGCGACAUACCAGGCGACUACCUACCAGGAUUUGUUGGCAUGCAUGGCCAAUUGCGAAGGGGAGACAUGUACAUGCUAGUCUACAGUAUCACUUCGCGGGCCUCAUUCACGCGUGUCACACGGUACCCUAACCAGAUCCUUCAAUGGAAAGACAAAAGCGCUUAUCCAAUGCUUAUAGUCAGAAAUCAUGCGGAACAAGGCCAAAGAAGAGAGGUCUCUACGCAAGAGGGAAUAGCAUUAGCCCGAGAGACAGGGUGUCACAUUUGUGAGAUAUCCGCGGACUAUCCUGAUCAUCUUCAGGAAGCAUUUUUGGACUUGGUUCGGGCAAGAUGGAGGUACGAAGACCAAAAAUACCUGCGAAUUAGAGGUUACGAGGAUGCGAUUACUUAUGAACACUUAAAAGCAUUCAUUCUUUAG